AAAGAAGAGGAUAAAAAAAGGAAUGUGAAAGAACGUUACCACACAAAGGAAGCUGCUGUAUACAUGGAACGGGGAAAAGAGAGAGGGGACCAAGGGAUCGACUCAAAGUAAGCUACGUGGCUACGAGUUUACUGGUAUGUAAAUGUGUAGAAGUCCUUCUAUGUAGGUGGAUACUGAAGUAGAUGCAAGUUCGGAGAAGAAAAGAGGGGAAAGUGGAUGAAUGUAUCCCCUGCUGCGUUGCCAAGUAUUCUCGGUCCGUCGACCAUUUCUGUUGUUCUAUCACGUAGGGUGCGGGACUGCAAGUUCGUCAGCAACAGCAGCGGCCAAGUAACCAGCAACACGACAAUACAGGCGCAAUAUGAGUGCGAAAAAUUCCAGUUCUAUAACGUAGUUAUAGAAUAACGGUGGAGCAGUAAGAUAAAAGUAAAAGAGAGAGAAGUGCUAUUAUUUUUUUAUUGCUCUCUACAAACACAUUAACUUAUGUCGCGGUUAAAUAAUAUUGAUUUGUACUUUAUUAUUACUUUCCAUAACUAUGCACAUACUGAAUGUAGUUUCUAUUAUUCUUUUUCUUCUUAGAUAAGUGGCUUUCAAUUCCUAGUUUCUUAACUAGUUAAUUAAAUGCUGAAGCAUUGUUUCACAUGCUCCUAGGGAAUGUAUAAUGUAUCGUAUUCUGUACAAAUGGUAUGAAUAUGUAGAAAUGCAUGUACUUUAAUAUAAGAAAUUAAGCCCUCAUUUAUUUUCUUUUUCAAGAGGGGAUUUGUCAGCUGCUCAAUAGAUUGAGAAAAAUAUUAAAAUGAUGGCGAAUAUUCCAAAGUAAGAAUAAUUAAAAGAGUAUCAUCACUCAUAUUUAUGAUUGCAUUAAUAUUCAUUUAAUAACAUAAUAAAUUACCGCAUAUAUCAUCAUAAAAUAAAUAAGCGAGAGGCGUAUAAUAACGAAAAAAAGAAAGUUAGAAAUUGAUACAUUGAAAUAGAAUGAAAUUAAAAUGCUUUUAUAAUAUUGGCUCGAUUAAAUUAUGAAACACAAUCUUGUGGUCUCACUAUCAACGAUCCACAGUCUCUUUCUUAUUUAAGCGGCAUAACUGAAGCUAAACUCAUCAGCAUAAGAACGAGUUUAGGAAAUUAUUCGCAAGGUUCUUGUGAUGAAAUCAGGCUUGUGAGGAAGCAGUAGCGAGGAAUCGUGAGGUAACGUACAUCACAACACGUAUCUUAUCCGUUUCUUUUUCUCUCCCUCGCUCUCUCCUCUCUCUCCUCUUUUCCCAUUUUCACUUUUUUUCUUUUCUACCUUUUUCCACUUCUGCCAUUUCCACGUCCAAGUUACGCCGCUACUAUAUCGUGGCAAUCUCGCUUGCUCCAGUAAAGAGGAUUUACCCUCUCUGCACGAACUAGCUGCAGUCAUUGCGCACAGUACGGAGUUCUGUAGGGUGGGCGUUAUUACGGUAGGGAUGUGCCUGGGAGGGAUCAAUAUUCAAGUAUUCCGCGGAAUGUGAAUACCAGUGGCAGCCAGGUAUUUGACCACUGAAUCGUAUGUUUGCAGCUUUCAAUGUAAAGUCUAUAACUACAGCUAAUUGGCUAUAAGUAUCUUGGUCUCAUGAGUUUUAAGAAACAUUUGUUACUAUAUAUAGAUUCAUUAAUAAAUAGUGAUGCGCAUUGAUGCAAUGAAUUUUGUAUCAUCAUGAUAUAAACAUCAAGCGAAUAUAAAUGGCAAUUAACAUAAAUAUAAAUCCUUAAGUAGAACAUCUCAAAUAGCUACACCUUCCAGAUAAAUAACAAUAAGAAUCAUAAAUAUUUUUUUUAUUAAGCGAAUGACAUCCAAAUGUAUCUUUUUCUUUUUGCUUGUGAUACAUAGAUAUGUUCAAAAUAAUUCUACUUUUGUUCGCCCUCGCUUUAAGUUUAUCGAAUCAAGUAGAGCUACCUUGCCAACGGCUAAAUAUAGAAUCUCGACAUUGUGCUAUUCGAGUACCCCGAACUGAGAUCAAUAGACAGCAGAUUCGGCCGUUUUCGACAUGUUCCGUUAAGAGUUCCCCUACUAUAUUCGUCUUCAUCGACCUCCAACCAUUACCGACCACACCUCGCUUGCGUAAACUCUAUCAGCUAAACCGGUUAUUCGAAAUGUAGUUAUGUAUUAUAAAUUUGUAUAAAAAAAUAGAUUAUGCGGUUUAGUAACAGGUUAUUACUAACAGGUUAUUCACUUCAGCGUAUCCUAUGUAAACAUUAUGUCUUGAUAUAGCAACAAUAUAUUGUAUUGGAAAUUUUUAUUACUCAAUAUACUAAAUAAUAUACAUUGCAAGACGUUUUAAGCAAUACUUUAAACCAAUCAUAAAACUUGGUAGUAUAGCUAAACACAAAAUGCUGGAUUCAAAACUCUUAUUUUGAAUAGUCGAAUUUACAUUAUUGUAAGAUUUUUAUACACGAAACUACAAAUGUAAGGUCAACGUAAGGUCAAUGUAAUAAAUUCACGUUAGGCUCUCUGUGCGUGUACGUGAAUGUACAUGGCAGCACGUGAGAGAGAGAGAAAGAGAGUUUCCGUCUGACGGAACCAGAACCAUCGUGAAACUAUGGAUAUAAAUUGUCGGGAGUGCAGCAGCUUUUAAGUAUAAUGGAUGACGGGUUGCAAUUGGAUAGUUGACGAUUUCACUCGCACGGAAUUGCACGGAAUGAGGGAUUCAGUUGAAAGCCACGGUAUUUGACGGAGUAAGUGCGAGCGAGAAAGAAGGAGAAAAGACGGGGGGGAUAGAAAAGGAAGAGGAAACUUUGUAGACGAGGGCAAUCAAGACAGAGGGAGGGGUAGGAAAAGCGACGAUGUGCAGAAGAGGGACGCGGAAUAGUUCAGUGAUGUUUCGUUGCGCCUGCGUCACGAGCGACCGCCGUCGCUCAUUGGCUCCCCAUCCGCACUUGAACGAACGUUAGGUUGACUUAAUUUCAAUUCGGGCUCCUUCCACACCACUCUUUCCUCCCUCCCUCUCUUUCCGUUUCGUUCUGUUCCUCUUUACAUUAUUGCUCGCCCGUAUUCAAUGUACCCCGCUCUUGUAUUUGUUGGGUUUCGUGCAAAGGACCACGAAUCAUGCGUAUAACGCGUGCACCGGGAUACAAUACGUAGACAAGUGUGUGUGCGUAUGACGAGAAUGAACCCUCCAACUGCUAUCGUGAAAGAGACGCAGCGGGAGCAGGUAACAGGGAGGAGAAAGAGGGAGAAGCGAUAGAGGACACAAGAGAAAGAGGGGAAGGACGCAGACGGUGGAGAGGGGAAGGAGGAGCAAUAAUCCCGCCGUCUGCAACAACGAGCGGCGCAUGCUGUCCCACGAACGAGCGAGUGAGCGCGUCCUUACAAAACAACGCAUCUGAACACUCUGAACUCGUCGCUGAACGUGCCUCAACAGUUCGGCACGAUUCACACUGUGUUGAUUAUCCUAUAGCCCGCGCGCGCUCACUCACCCAUACCGCUCGGCGGCGGUUCUCGGCGUCGCCAUGUUGGCGGCUCAAUAUACCACGUACUAAUAAUAAGUUGAGACUCGACGCGUAGUAGAAGGACGAGAGACCGCAGCCGUGGCGAUCGUCGCACACCUGACUGUUGAACAUUUAGUUCGUAACGAACGACGAACGAGUGUAGUAGUAUGCGCGGCCGAUCAGCGAGCAGUGAUCACAUCAUAACACUGUCGGCCAUCUUUGAUCAUAUGUAAAAGAAAGUUUUCGGGAAAGGCGCGGGAUCUUUGUACUCACUCGGCAGAACCGCGACAGCGGAGAGAUCGAUUACUUUUCGCGAGAAAUUUCCUUCGACUUUACGUUGAACUCUAGGUAGACGAAGGAAGGGAAAGGUUGCUGCUUCCGUUACGCUUGAGAUUCCACACAGCAACGAAAAAAGAACUCGUCGAUUCUGCUGCCUGUUGCUGACAUUGGCUGGCGCGCCAAGCGAAUUCGACUAAGCACGCGUGUCUAAUUGACUUUACCUACCGUUGAACAGCGCGUUUGCCAAUCCGAAACGUUUUAACGCAGGUCACGAAUCGUAUCAAUGUAGUGUCGCACUUUGGCGUCCUGUUGUGUUCCGGCUUUGGGCGCGUAGAUCUGUCGCGCGUUCAUCCACGCGACCAUCGAGACAACGCUCCUACGCUCCUUGAAUCGAGAGAUUGUGAGAGAUCUCGGAUCGACUUCGAUGAACAUCGCAAUCAGUGGUGGUAUAUGCACAUUGAUACCAUCUAAUUGCUGGUAAUGACAUUGAUGUUGCCGUGAUAAGUCAACCGAGGAUAAGCCGAUGUUAAUGACCUCAUGACAGUCUGCAUUGUUGAUAACAAUGCUUAUUGGAAAUGAAUAGUCCAUUGGAUCACGAUUUUGAAGAAUUUCAAUUUUCUGUGGAAAAUAAGUUGUAUAAAAACGGCGCCGUGGAGCUGUCACAAAAUUCCGACACGGGCGAAGGCACUCCCAACUCGUCAGACGACAGCUCGAGCGGCCAACAAUUGUUGAGCUGCAACAUUUGUGGCCAGCAGUUCGCCUCGAAGAAGCUACUGCGCGUUCAUGUCCACACUCACCUGAGGGAGUCCUACAUUGUCCUGAACAGAGUGGCCAGCCCGAAGGUACUGAAGGUGAAAAAGCAGAACGACACGUACUGGCUGGAUCCUGAGAAGAAGGGUUCCCUGAAAUUGACCCUGAAAAAGCAGACUGUAGCGGAUUCCCUCAAGCUCACGCUGAAGAAGUCGGACAAGUCAGAGGAUUUUACGGUAGUCAACAGUAAUCUUCAUUCGAACAUCGGAAAUCAUCAGCAAGAAGACGUGGCAGGUGCCAAGGAGAAUGAGCGAAGAGAUGACAAAGCAGUGGAAAGCUCGGACGAUGAAUCUUUUGAAAACGUGAUGGUAGACCAACAAGAUGAUUAUGACAAUAUUAAAUUCGUCACGGACGAUCACAAUCCUUUGGAAGAGAAAGAAAGGCCGUCCUUAGAUGUUAACGAGGGUGACUCUGGUGUAGGAAGUGAUAUGGCAAAUCCAUCCGAGAAAGAAGAUCAAAAUGUUGAUGACAUACAAACCGUUGACAAUUACAACAACUCUGAAAAGAGGCUUUCAGAAUCCGAGGAUCACGAAGAGUCGGAUGCCUUAGAAGCAACUUGUAGGGAAACUAUCGAGUAUCUGAGAAAACUUGGCGAACAGUCGAGUUCCAGGUCGACGAAUCAAAUGAUCGAUAACUCAUCUGUUGAGGAAGAGGACGAUAGGAAUCACGAUACUAGCAUAAUACACAAUCUCGAAGAAAAUCCUUCCAUCAGUAUUAUUCCCAAGUCUUCCACAUUUCCUAAUCAUGCGGCGGAUCGCAGAUGCGACAGCGAAGAUAAGAACAAGGAAUCGACUGAAUCACAAGCGCAAGGUUUCAGCUGGAAUCAAUUGUCCACUGAUCUGUCAAACAAGAACAGUGAGGACCCAAGCAAGGAAAGUGAACAACAAGCUGACACCGGUGGUAAUAGCAACAUGGAAAACGCUGGAUCGCUCUUGCAAACUUUCCUCAUGGAACAUCAAAGACGGAAUUCCAGUGAAGUAUCAUUAGCGAGUAAUCUUCCGCCCGGCGAAACUGAGUAUGUUCCUCUCGAAAAAUUGGCAGAGACAGUCAACACGUGUCGCGUUUGUAAUGAGAAGUUCAAAGACAUCGCGCAUCUGGAUGAGCAUCGUAGUAAGGCUGGCCACUAUCAGUGCAAUAUUCCGGAAUGCACGAAUCUCAUUUUCCAGUCGCCGAUGGAAGUGUCGCUGCACCGAGCGCAAAUACAUGGAACCUCGCUCUCGCCAAGCAUAAGCCAACUAUCGCCCCAUCAUUUGUCGUCGUCGAAUUCACCGCACAUGAAUCGGAAUUCGCCACAUUUGAACCAAGCAUCACCGCAAUUGAAUGCUACCACGCACUCGCCUCAUGCCGCCACAACGUCGUCCAUGGAGACAACGUCGACAACUCCGAACAGUGCUCAACAACAGCUCAGUAGAAGCUCACCGUUGACGUCGCCGCAUCAGACUACUUCACCAACAUUUAACGCAGCGACGACGGGAGGUAGUAAUGCUGGUCAGCAGAUGCAAAUAUCGCCGGUAAACUUUGAGCAACUACCACCACCUGUACAGCAACUGGCACAGCAAGUGCAGCGUAUGCCUCUUCCGCAGACACAAAUGCCUCCUAGUCUUCCCCCGGGCGCCAACACAAUGAUACCCGGGCCGAAUUAUUUUGUACAGCCACCAGGAAGGCCGCCGUUGUACAGAGUACCUGGUCCACAGAAUAUACACUAUCCUCCGCACAUGGCGCACUUGUAUCAGUAUGGUCCGGGUCCGUAUCCACAAAUUGCCGCCCCUCCUCCGCAAAUGCAUCCCCAAAUACCUCAGCAAGUUCCACGAGGGCGAUAUCCGUCGGCGUCUGUUGCUCAAAACAGCAGAGCGUCGCGGUUACCGCAAACCGGUCCAGUUACUCGUCAACGCAUGAAGAGACCCAUGCAACAAAAUAUGCAAGCUCAACCGCAAAAUAGCACUGCAAAGCAGAGGCGUAUGGAUGUUCUGUUACCCGAUAGAAACGAAGAUGCAGAUUGUCACGUCAUAGCGCAACAGAAGAGAAACGAUGGACUGCCCGUUAUUCAAAAUGUUCAGGGAGCUACUACUCAACAGAAUAGUAGAAACGAUCCCACGAUACAUCUCACGGACUCGAUCACUUUGAGUGUUCGGCAACCCGCUCAAGUCCAGAACACGUCGAACCCAGGGGGAAAGAAAUCUGACGCCAAGGCGGUGGCAAAUGUCCUCGCGGCUCGAGGUAUAACAGUUACUCCAGCUGCAAAUAAGAAUAAGACAAGCGAACAAAACAAACAGCAGGUACCUUCCCAGCAGCAGCAGAGGACAUCACCUUCACAGCAGCCUUUGAAUGUUACAGCACUCAAUCUGAAUUCUGCUAUUUCUAUCAUACCGACUAGUUCACAAAGAAAGCAGCAAGAGCAAGGACAGUUUGCUGUUCCACAAAACAAGCAGAAUAAGUCGCCGAUUAACGAGCAAGUUGAACGACCACCGAGACCACCAACUGUGGACCUCACGCAGGACGGUCCACUGCAGAUGCCAGUGGUUAGACGUGGUCGACCACCCAGAGCGUUAUUAACAUGUCAGGUGUGCGAUAAAAACUUUCAAAAUCAAGAUAUAUUGACGCAACACAUGGCAACUCAUCGAACAACGAGCAAAUUGCUACACAAGUGUAAUCUUUGUCCCGCACAGUACCCAACGAUUCAGGCAUUGGCAACGCAUAAACAGACUUAUCACAAGGAAGUCGACACGAUGGCGCAAAACGGGGGCGCGGAGUUGGCCCUCCCGGUUGUAGACCUAAAAUCGCCGCAUGUCCUCAACCGCUUGGCGAAUUUAGGUAUUCAAAGCUACAUACCGCUAUCGCAACUAAGUGUUCAAACCGGUGGUUACUUCGGCUUGCCAAUUAUCACGAUAGACGGUGCGAGAAAUACUAGCACUUGCAACCUGGGUGCACUUGGUGCUACCUCUAUAUUAAGUCUCGGUCCUCUUAAACAUUUAUCGAACAGGUAACUGGACGAAAUAGCAUUUGGCCUACUCUACGUGUGCAAUCACACUUUUAUUCGUUAUAAUUUUUUGUUGAAAAGUACACUCGUAACGACGAAUAUAAUGCCUCUUCAUUUUGUAUGUAAAAACUAAUAUCGGUUAUUUUUACUUCAAUUUAAAAGAAAUCAAGAGAAAAUUUUAAGUUUAUUAUUAGCAAAAUUUAGUUAUUUAAUAGCACGAAUUUGUUUGUUUAUUUCGAGAAACAGUUUAUAUUUCAUGUGCAAUGUAUGCGAUAAAUUACGCUGAUGUACCUAAUCAAGCAGAAUUGUUCUGCUGAAUGACAAACAAUAUUUGGAAAAAUUAUAUUGAUACAGUUAUGAGUAAUAUCGUUGUACGUAUUUUAAGUACUCGUGCUCUCAAACUCAGAGCUGAAUCUAAUUCAAAAUAAUUCUUGAAACAAACACAUUAACAUUAAUGAUGAAUCGUUUUUAUAAAAGAAAGACAAUUUUUCUUUUCUAUUUAACAAAAAAUAUCAAAAUGCAAAAGAUCAUUAAGUUGUACAUAUACUUUGUAAAAAAGGAAAGCAAUGCAAUUAAAAGGCAUAUUAUCUAGGACUUCGCACAACGUCCGUUAAUAAGAAAUUCCAGAGAUCAUUUAGAAAUAAAACAUUUAAUAUUAAUGCAUUCAAACUAUAUAAUCAUUUUGAAAUAAGAAAUAUUUGGUGGAUUAAGAGUAUAAUUAAUUGAUUAAAUUAAUAUUCCGUGCUCAAGUAUGGUACAUCAUACAUCAAUGAUAAAAGUAUUCUUAACUUUGCGAUAAUUUUCCAAUUAAUAUUGAUUUUAAUAUAUUGUUGAUUUAUUUAUAUACUUUAAAGUAUGCUAUAAAUUUGAUAUUUAUAUAUAUAUAUAUAUAUUAUCUGGACAUCAAUAAAAUGUUUAUAUUAUCUUAUUAUAUUAAACAAACUACUUAUUUUUUAGCGUUAGCAUUUUCGUUUCUAAAUGAUCUUACGAAUUUGUUAAGUGCGAAAUUUGGGAUACUUGGCACAUGUCCGUUUAUACUUGAAAACUACCUUUAUAAAGAUAUUGUGGAUAGGUACUAUAUGGUCAAGUACUAUAUGAACAUUGUUAAGUAUAAUUGAUACGGUAUAUCAUGUGCAUAUAUCAUAUGCAAUCUAUUAUUAUUUAUUAUCAUUCCUGUUAAUUAUACAUUGUUAUAUGUACAUAAUUAUCAUUCUUAACUUUCUUAUUAUAAUUUGGUUAUUAUAAUUUGUAAGAACUUUAUGUAAGAACUGUCAUUUAUUUUGUCGACUUCAUACAGGAAUAAUUGAUCGACUUUAUUAUCAGCGACUGAUAAUGAGAUAUUAACAUAUACUGUAUAUAUUUGUAUGAUAAUAAAAAAAUAUCUAUGAAAUGUUUCCGCGCCGUAAUCCGGACGUACAAGUAAUAACAGUUGGGCAUUGUAUCGUUCGUCUCCCUUUUAGCGGGACGUUUAAACAUAAGUUUAAACCAUACAUUAAAAUAAUUUUAUUUCUUAUAUGUAAUUGAACACACAGGAAGUUCUGCGAAGAUACAAAGAUAUUACAAUAUCUCAUGUCUUAUUUCACACUUCAGUAUCUGCGUAUAAUUUUGAAUUUAGUUUCUUCAAGUAAUCUUUGCUGCUUAAAAGAGAAAGUAAUAAUAUAGACAUGUUGCUCUUU